GUGGCGCUAUUUAUAAAUUUCUUUGCAGAAUUACUUUUUAGUUCAGAAAAUAACAAUUGUUUUUUCUUAUAAAAACAAGAAUUAUCGAUGAACAUCAAAAGUUCUUUUGUAAAAUUCGCGUUUUCGUCGUCAUUGGGUGGUAAUGAUGUCACCAAUUUUACAACACUGCCCAUGUUUAUAUGCAGAAAAUGAUGAUAUUAGACACUUGGAUUAUAGUCAUUCCAAUUUGGAAGAUGUACCUAAUGAAGUUUUUAGUUUUGAAAGAACAUUGGAAGAAUUGCAUUUAGAUGCCAAUCAGAUUUGUGAUCUUCCACGGCCAUUAUUUCAUUGCCAUGGACUUCGAAUAUUAUCCUUAAGUGACAAUGAUAUAAAAUCAUUACCACCGGCUAUUGCUUCUCUCAUAAACUUAGAAGAACUUAACAUCAGUAAAAAUGGAAUACUUGAAAUUCCUGACAAUAUUAAAGGUUGCAAGUGCCUUACAAUUAUUGAAGCAAGUGUUAAUCCUUUAGGCAAACUUCCAGAAGGUUUUACACAGUUGAUUAAUUUAGAAGAAUUAUAUUUAAAUGAUACGUUGUUGGAAUAUUUACCUGCUAAUUUUGGAAGACUUUCACACUUACGUAUAUUGGAGUUGAGAGAAAAUCACUUGAAAGUACUUCCAAAGUCUAUUGCUAGAUUGACAGAACUCAUUCGUUUAGAUAUUGGUCAAAAUGAUUUCACAGAAUUGCCAGAAGUAAUUGGAAAUCUGAAGAAACUGGUUGAAUUAUGGUGUGAUUGUAAUAAUAUUAUUGCUCUUCCUUCAUUUUUAGGUAAUUUGAAGAAAUUAAGCCAUUUAGAUGCAAGUAAAAAUAAGAUAUAUGAAAUUUCACCUGAAAUAGAUGGCUGCACAUCACUUGUUGAUUUGAGUUUAUCAACAAACAGAUUAAAAGAGCUUCCAGAUAGAAUAGGAAAUCUAAAAAAGUUGACAGUUUUAAAAAUUGAUGAGAAUCGACUUGUUUCUUUACCACAAAGUAUUGGAAGAUUAUAUAAAUUAGAAGAACUCAUUAUUAAUUCGAAUGAUUUGGAAUAUCUUCCUGAAAGUAUUGGUUUAUUACGAAGUCUUCAUUCAUUGUUUGCUGAUGAUAAUGUUCUAGUUGAAUUACCUGCUGAGAUAGGAAGUUGUGUAAAAUUAUCAAUUUUGUCUUUGAGAGAUAACAAAUUAAUUGAAAUACCAGCUGAGGUUGGACAUAUUUUAAAUUUAAAAGUUAUUAAUUUAAGUGGAAAUCAACUUGAAUAUCUUCCAUUCAGUAUUGCAAAACUUAUUAAUCUUCAAGCAUUAUGGCUAUCAGAUAAUCAAAAUAAGCCAUUAAUACCACUUCAGUCUGAUUUUAAUCAGUCAACUGGGCAACGUGUGCUGACAUGUUUUAUGCUUCCUCAAGUUUCUUCAGAUGGAGAAGAUGCUGAUAGGAGAUGGAAUUUUGAAUUGUAUGAAGAACAUUUGAAAGAAGAAAGACAGCAAAUAAAAUUUGCUUUUGAUACUCACCUUGAUCAGCCUGGGAAAUUAGUUCGAGCUCCCACUCCUUAUCCAAAGGAAUUGAGACCUCAUGCAAAAAAAUAUGCAUUGAAAAAACAUGAAACAAAAGAAUUAAUAUUUAAAGAACCCAAAUCUGAAAUGAUGGGAUUUGAGCAUCUGAAUAAACAUCAGAAUAUGGAGAAUUGUGUAGACUUAAAAGGUAUGGUACUAGCUGUAGGAAAUAUUGAAUCUCGCGGUAAAGUUAAAGAAGCAAAGAUUUCAAAACCAACAUCUCCUAACAUGUCACCUCACCUCAGAGAAACAUAUCAGAAUUGUAUAUCACCUGUUAAUAAGAGAUAAAAUGAAUCUCUGUGUUCCUGAUUUAUAAAUAAUUGAAAACUAUAUAUAUAUAUAUCAGUAUUAGAAACAAAAUGAAGUUUUAGUUGUUUUACGAGUAUCGGUGGUUUUAUUAGAGCUUUUUAUUAUUAUUAUUUAUGCAUUUCAGCUUUUUUAAUUUAACAUUUUUAAAAAUUUGGUAGAAAUAUUUAUCAUAUUUAUAUCUGGAUGGGUGCUAAUAUUAAAAAAAAAUAAUUUUUAGCAUUUAUCUAUAUAUAUAUUUUUUUUAGUCACAGUUAUUUCAUAUUUUUGUGAAGAGAAAGUAAGUGAACGAUUUUCAUUCCAUGUUAUGUAAUUUGUGCCUUGUUAUAUUUUUAUGUACAAUUUAGUUAUUUUGUUGAAAAAUUGUUAAUAAAAAUGAGUUGACGGUAAUGAUGUUGAAAGAAUAGUUAAACAUAUCAAAUUGUUGAAAUAUUACUAGCAAAUUUUGAAAUUUUAUAAAUCAGUUAAUUGAUGCCAGAAAGAUAAAAUGGCAUAAAGAAAAUUUUAAAAUUA